AGGAUGAAUGGAUAUUGUGGUGAGCAGCAUCUGAUUACACAGAAACGCCAGCAGGCACCGGAGGGGGGAAGACACGUCCGUACACCUACCAGCCCAGACAGCUUUUCGUUCCUGCCGGGGAACACAAACGCGCCCUUUUUCCUUUUUAAUUAGCGUUAUCAUUAUUUUUUCCCCCUUCUCUCAGCGUGUAGGCUAUAACUUUACGUUUUUUUUCUUCUUUUUUUCUUUUUUUAACCGAGCCGAGCAGGAACCGAGCCCGCCGUUAUAUUGGGAGUUUGUUGAAACAGUGCUGUGGCUGGAGAAGUGUAAAUGGCUGAGGGAGGUCGACGGAGGACUGGGGAGACAACUUGCAAGAUGUCGCACUUUGUGGAAGCCUAAAAAAGGAGUGUUUGUUUUGUUUUUUUAAAGCGAAUAUUACUGUUAGCGUGACAAGAGGUGGUGAAAGAGGAGGGGAGAGGCUGCAGCUCCAGGAGGAUCUUGGUGUUCGUUUGUUCCUCCGGCUCGGAGAGAAACAGUGGUAUCUUCCUGCCUCCUCUGUGUUUCUCAGACCUGCGGAGACGGAGGCUGUCUUCUGUUUGGACAUCUGUCCAUCUCUUUUUUUGUCUCUCAUAAGUUUCUUCUGUAGCCGCCAUCAUUCCGUGCUGUGGGGCCGACCCCAAGAUGUCUUCUAAUGGAGACCUGAGUGAGCUGGGGAGCUCUGACAGCUUCUGGGAGCCAGGGAACUACAAAAGGACGGUAAAGCGGAUUGACGAUGGCCACAGGCUGUGCAAUGAGCUGGUCACCUGCUUUCAGGAGAGAGCCAAGAUAGAAAAGCACUACGCUCUUCAGCUCAGUGACUGGGCCAAGAGGUGGAGGGUUGUUGUGGAGAAAGGGCCCCAGUAUGGUACACUGGAAAAGGCUUGGCAUGCCUUCAUGCAAGCGGCUGACCGACUCAGCGAGCUGCACAUGGAGCUGCGGGAGCGGCUGGCGAGUGAGGACAGCGAGAAAGUGCGCAGCUGGCAAAAAGAGGCCUUCCACAAGCAGAUGAUGGGAGGUUUCAGGGAGACAAAGGACGCGGACGAUGGCUUCCGCAAAGCUCAGAAGCCCUGGGUCCGUAAGCUGAAGGAGGUGGAGUCAACUAAGAAGAGUUACCAUCAGGCCAGGAAGGAGGAGUGGACGGCGGCUAACAGGGAGGCGCACGCCAAGGCUGACCCGACCAAGUCACAAGAGGAAGUUCGCAAAUACACAACCCGGGUGGAGCGCUGCAACCAGGACACCGAGAAAGCAAAGGAGCGUUACUCCAAGGCUUUGGAGGAGCUGAACCGCUGUAACCCCCGCUACAUGGAGGACAUGGAGCAGGUGUUCGACCUAACCCAGGAGGCCGAGCGCAAGAGGCUGUGUUUCUUUAAAGAUGUCCUGCUCGACAUCCAUACACACCUCGACCUGUCCUCCAAAGACGGCUUCAAAGCCUUGUACCAGGACCUGGGCCAGACCAUUCGUGCAGCCAACGACGCUGAAGACCUCAGAUGGUGGAGGAACACCCACGGACCCGGCAUGAGCAUGAACUGGCCCCAGUUUGAGGAGUGGUCUCCAGAGGCAAGUCGCUCCAUCAGUAAGAAGAUGCACAGUGGAAACUCUGAGGAGAACGUGGUGACCCUCACCAACAUCGUCUCCUCUGCUGGAGGCGAUGUCCCACCGAGUCCCAUUACCCUGGACACCAGCAGGGUGAAAGAUUAUUCAUCAGACUGGUCAGAUGAUGAAAGUCCAAUGAAGGUGGCAGUGAAUGGCGUCGGGGAGGAGGAAGAAGAGCAGGUAGAGGGAGUGCGAGUCAAAGCGCUCUAUGAUUACACGGGCCAGGAAGCCGAUGAGCUCAGCUUUAAAGCAGGAGAGGAGCUACUGAAGCUGGGAGAAGAGGACGAGCAGGGUUGGUGUAAAGGACAGCUGAGCAAUGGCCAGAUUGGCCUCUACCCCGCCAACUACGUGCAGGUCAUUGCUUCCUGAUGCCCCUGAACGGUAGAACCACCUUUUUUGAAAACAGCCUGGGGUUUUUUUGUUGCUGACUGUAAGGAAAAAAAAAAAAAAGCAUUUUUUUGUAAAUUCAACCAGUGCAAAGGUUUCCUUUUUCAUGAUGGAUUGUUCAAUCAACAAGACGUCAGCAGCACGGUCGAUUGGUAGAAGCUUUAGCUUCAGGCAGAGAAGCAUCCAGAGGCCUGCCAAACAAACUGUAGACACAGUAAAACAUGCAUGUUUGUUCUGUCAUAUCUUUGUUUUCUAAAGGGAUGUUUUAUUGGACAACACAUAUUUAGUCAAAAAAGAGAAAGACUGGGUGGAGAUGACGUGAGCAGCAGCCAUCACAGCUGGCUCACUCACAAGAUUUCAGUGUAGGUUUUGAGUUUUCUUGGAUCCAGCAUCUAGGGGCCAUCACAGGAACUCCACAGCUUUCUCUGCUCAGCUGUGGUGACUGCUGCUGUUUCAAAUGAUAAAACCCAGUUAAACACUGACUGUGCCUUAGUUGAUAAGGUCUGAAAUAUACAGUGCCACCCUGCUGACUGAGCAAGGAAUUGCAGCCUGGAUGUUUGCAGCGCCACCCUGCUGUGUGACUGAGGAAUUACAGCCUGCGUAUCUGCAGCAUCACCCUACUGUCUGACGGAAUUGCACCCUGGAUAUGUGCAGCACCGCGCUACUGUCUGAUCGAGGAAUUACAGCCUGCAAAUGCGCAACGCUGCCCAGCUUUCUGACUUAGAGAUUAUAGCUGUCUGCUGUAUAAUGGCCUCAUAGCCUUCGUCUAAACACGGAAGAAAUCUUUAAAACUUUGGGUACAUUACAGUCAAUUUAAUUAUGCAGGCAGCACUUGAUUGGCUUUCAUUUAGCUUGAUAUUUGUGGGCUUUGGUUACUUUUUAGACACUUUUUUUAUGUGACAGCUGCUUUUUUUCCCCCCUCAUGAUUAAUCAUUAGACUGAUCAAAGCAGUAAAGUCAACUGUUUCCUCUGGGUCUUUUUAAUCUAUACAUGGUUUUUUGUUGCUAGUCUGAUUUGCUAUACUAGGAUCACAAUGCAAAAUCAACUCAGACAUCCAAAACCAAAAAGUAAUAAGUUAAUAUUUUGUCUAAGUAUGUCAGGUUUGGGGGUUUUUCAUGUUUAAAUUUGUGUCUUACAUACAAGGAAGUCUCUUCUUUCCCUGUUAAUCUUAUCCCUGCUACAGCUAACCCACAUAGAUGUUAAAAUAGAAGAUAUUAGAUCUACUGCAUUGCUCUGUGGAUUCUUUCUUUUUCUUUCCAUAAUUGUAACAUAUACAUAUACAGUACCUACAGGGAUAAGCAACAAUAAAAAGCUUUCUGCAGCUGAA